AUGCAGCUGAAGCUUGCCAAAAUUAUCCUCUCCGCAAUUUUCAUCUUGUUUCAUUCUAGCCGAUCUGAAUUUUGUCAUGAAGCGCAUGGUCUGAUCUACAAUGAUCAGAUAUUGAUCGGCGGUAAUUACAAAUCUAUAAUAACCCGUGGAAUUCUUGUAUGCAGUCACAAAUGCUUAGCAGAUCCAGCAUGUACUUCGUACAACUAUGAGCGCUCCACAGAAAGCCAAGGUGCGUGUGAGCUCAUAAACGAAGAAGCGGAGAGUACAGAAGUACUCCAGGAAAGGAAAGGGUCAUUCUUCGUUCGAUUAAGACAAAAAGCGGUGAGUUAAUUUUCUAAGAUUUGUUAUUACGAAAUGCCCCUAUGCACCUGGCGAUUUUGAAACCGGGGGGGAGGGGCAGUACUCAAGCAAGUUUACACGGGGAGGCUCCACCCUGAGUUCUAACUCCUUACCCUUUUUUACUAACAGAAAAGACCUACUCAUGACCUACCUUAAACCUUUGCAUCUCAGCUUUCAAUUGCUGUAAAUACACCGUCUUUUAAGGAAUAAAUCACAAAACCGAAGCGUUUUCUCGACUCCUUCACAGCCUUAAAAUGCAUCUAUUGGGCCUGUUUGCAGACCGGUUUUAUGACAGUUGUCCCUGCCAUUUCACAUACCUCAACAACUGAAAUCCUUAACCUUUCGGGCGGAGCCUUCCCGUGUAGGCCAUUUUGGGAAGUACCCCCCCCCCCAUCCUUUCUUUGCUUUAAAAGCUAACUGUAUUCGCCGUAAGUUUCUGAUUACUCUCUUUCUUGCAAUAAAGCUUUUAUAGCUAGGAAUAUCCUUUCAGAUAAAAGGUAGUCUGUCGGCACUCUACCUCUAUUUGUGCGUCAACUUUCACAAAUGUGUUAGCGUAGCAUUUUAAGGUUAAAUUUGACCAGCAUUUUGCGCAGCGAGUUCUACGGUCAGAUUGCCUUCAAACUUUCAGAUGUAAAACUAGAGAGCUCGAAGGCUUAUUUGCUGAAGUUAAGGAAAAAUCUGUCGCGGGAUUUCGAAAUUAUUUACAUUUUUCGUAAAAAUGCGGUUUUAAAUAUAUGCCCGAUAUCUCAAAGGUUUUUAUACCUACAAGAAAAUAAAUAACAUUUUUUUAAAGUUCCAUUAUUAUUUACUAAGGAUGCUAAAAAUCUUAGAAAUCGGUUGAAUCUUCCAUUGUGAAAAACGCAAAUCAAAAACAUAACCAACACGCAUAUAAAUAGGAAUCGAGGUUCCACUGUAUCUGGGGCUUGUUCGGCCGGGUCAUCUAUUAGAUUGACUUUGUUUGCUCAUAUCAAGCAUCGUGGAAACAAAGACUUCACAGUUUCAGUUAUGUCUUUAAUUGCAAAUUUAAGGAGGUAGCCUAGUUUUAUGCAUAAUUUAGCUAUUCUCCUUCAAAAUUUCUCCGAGAUUUUAUUCGAUCUGAAAAUGCCUCAAUUGGUGUGUAGCCAUUUGCAAAAUUAAUGUUUAAAAAUUUUUUUAAUGAUUUUGUUUUACAAUGUUUAAAUAAACGAAUAUGGCUGGAGAUGUUUCAAGUUUUAUGAUUUGAAGAGUCUGAAAAUUAGAAUGAGAACUUGAAAAUUAAAAUUUUAAUAUUUGAAGACAAAGACUGCAAAAUCAGACGGUCUCUCUUACCGCAGCCAAUCGGCCUUUUGCCACAGCAUGGUGCCUUGAGCUCAUUAGCAGACUGAAGUUGAAUAUGUGUGUUCCCUUUUUACCAAAUUUCGUUAAUUUUUUUCUUCAUUUCAUUUCGUUUUCCAAAAAAAAAAUUGAAAAGAAUUCCCGGAGGAAUUCUGGUUAAAUUUUGCCGGAAAAUGAAAGAAAUUAGGUAAAAAGGUUACACACAUACUCAACUACAGUCCGCUAAUAACAAUAAUUUUCAUUUUUACGUCGUUUGAAAUCAAAAUCUGGUACUUUAGGGACUGAAUUAAGAUGAUAAAGAAGAGAGCAAUACUCCCCCCCCUCUCCCCAUAAACGAAAUAAACAAAAAAUAUAAGAAACCAGGGCGAAGAGAGAAGCGAAAGGAGAGAAAGCCUUCCUUUCUCUUUUCGCCCUCCUCUUCUCUACCUCAAAUCUCUUAUCUCCCCUCUCCUAGUAAUAAGCGAACAUGAACGGCGAAGAACCACAAACGAGUAUGUCGCAGAACGUAGUAGUGACCUGUUUCUGUUUUGGGUUCUAUCAUUGUGGUAUUGAUGUCUUGCAAAAUUAAUUUUCACUUAUUAUACGUAGUAAGAUCAGCUUUGCAGAAUGCAAUGUGUCUCUCCUAGUACCUACUAUACGGAAGGCCUCAUACUGUAUACUAUACAACUGCUGUUAUCCGCCUCUUUUUUUCGCUAGCUGUGCUGGCAUCGAGCGGGCACUUACAUUAACAAAAAGGAAGAGGAUUAAAAAGAUAGUAUCGUAGGAAGCCUUUCUUUGUGCUGCCUAGAAAAACAAAAAGAAAAAGAAGUGCCAAAAUAUUAAUUUGAAUGAUUGCAGGUGUUAACCUGACCAACUUGGCAGUUGAAAUAAGUAAUGGUCUCCUUGGAAGGGAAAGUAAUUCACUCAGUUUCAGUUAUCGAUUUUUACCAUUGAUGAUACUUUAAUAAAGGUCUCCAUUGAAAUGACUCAUAAAUAAAUGUAAUAAAUGUAGUUUCCGUAGGAUAAGUAAUAUUUUCAACGUAACCUCGUUUUCAAACAAUUUACAGAAACCUAGGAGCUGCCUCGAGGCAUGGAAUCAAGGAGCACGAACAUCGGGUUUUUACCUCAUACAAGGCAGAACGGAGUGUCUGUUUUACGAAAUGUAUUGCGACUUCAGUUCGGAGCCUGGUUGGGCUUGGACUCUAGUUAUGUCGCAAGGUUUUGGCAACAGAGGGCAAAUUUUUGCGAAAUCACCUUUCCCAAAAGGAGCCCUAAAGAAUCACCGCACUCCCAACUGGGAAAAGUACAGAAUCGGGAAAGGUCGAAUGUGGGUCAUAAAAGAGUCAUCUAGCCAUUGGAGAGUAACGUGUGAUUUUCCAAAUUUCGGAGUCGAUUUCAGAGAUUAUCUGCGGGCCGCUUUCCAGAAUUUGAACCCAAUUAAGUUCGAGGCCAGUGGAAAAUGCUGCAAGAUGGACUACAUCGAUAUUCGCGGGCAUAACUGUACGGGAUGCACGGCGGCCUGGUGGCAAAACGAUCAAAGAUUUUUAACGCACUUUAGCGAUCAGGAUAAAUGCCAGUUUGGAAAAACACCAGGCUCCAGUGAAAAUGAAGCCAAUUUCGGUGGAUAUUGGAAGAGCAAUACCAACAUCGCAUUUCGUUGUUCCAGUACAGCAAGAUCAACCACAAAUUAUUGGUUUGGAGGCCGGGUGUAG